UUGGCUCUUUUGACAGUUAGCAUGUUAGCUAGAAGUUGCUAACUAGCCUGUAAGUCCUCAGAUACAAUGUCAGUAAACUAAUCAGCACAAAGUGUUUCUGGAGUUGAAGUUUCUGAACAUCUCACAGCCUGAGGAUGUUUUCAUCUGUCUGGAACUUUGUAAAACGCCACAAAAGGAAGUUUAUUUUCACCGGAGCUUUAGUUGGAGGAGUGUACUUCCUUGGUAAGUAUGCUCAGAAGAAGCUCAGUAACAUGCAGGAGAAGGAGGCGUCGGAUUACAUCUCUCAGGCCAGAAGACAGUUUCACUUUGAGAGCAACCAGAGGACAUGCAACAUGACCGUGCUGUCCAUGCUCCCUCCUCUGAAAGAAGCCAUCACCAAUCAGCUGAAUUCAGAAAGCCUCACUGCACUACUCAAGGAGAAACCAGCCAAUAAGCUGGAGAUCUGGGAAGAUUUAAAGAUCCUCAGUUUCACGCGCACCAUAGUGGGGGUUUACAGCACCUGCAUGCUGGUGGUUCUGCUCCGAGUGCAGCUGAACAUCAUCGGAGGAUAUCUGUACCUCGACAACUCUGUGGGCAAGAGCUCCCCGGUGAGGAAGGAGCCCAACAUUCAUAACCUUCUGUUCAGUACUGUCUUAAAAACAGCACUUAAAGUAACAUUACAACUACAGUAAUAGUCCUCUUAAUGUGGUAAUUCCAUCAAUCUGUUUACACAAAUGGAGUUAAGUGUUGAUUUGAUCAUGUUUUAUUUGUUUACUUAAAUAUUUGACAUGAUAUUUCAAC